AUGGAGGCUCCGCCGCCUCCACCGCCGCCGGGCGCCCCCAGCGCCUCGGAGCCCGCGGGCUGCCCCAAGGACGCGGACCGCCAGCUGCGCCUCCGCCUCUGCGUCCUCAACGAGAUCCUCAGCACCGAGCGGGACUACGUGGGGACCCUCCACUUCCUGCAGUCGGCAUUUCUUCAUCGGAUCCGCCAGAACGCUGUGGACAAAGCUGAGAAGUAUAUAACAGAGGAGAAUGUUAAGAUCCUAUUUUCUAACAUUGAAGACAUUCUUGGUGUUCACAAGGAGUUCCUGGCUGCCCUGGAAUUUUGUUUACAACCAGAACCUCAGUCUCAGCAUGAACUGGGAAAUGUUUUCUUAAAAUUUAAAGACAAGUUCUUUGUGUAUGAGGAGUACUGUAGCAACCAUGAGAAAGCGCUCAGACUGCUGAUGGAAUUGAACAAGAUCCCAACAGUGAGAGCAUUCCUCCUGAGUUGCAUGCUUUUGGGAGGCAGAAAGACUACAGACAUUCCACUGGAAGGUUAUCUACUGACUCCAAUUCAGAGAAUUUGCAAAUAUCCACUUCUGCUUAAGGAAUUGGCUAAGAGGACUCCCUCUAAGCAUCCUGAUCACCCAGCUGUCCAGAAUGCACUGCAGGCUAUGAAAACAGUCUGCACAAAUAUCAACGAGACCAAGAGACAGAUGGAGAAACUGGAAGCUCUCGAACAGUUGCAGUCCCACAUUGAAGGAUGGGAGGGGUCAAAUCUGACAGAUAUCUGCACACAGCUCUUGCUCCAAGGAACUUUGUUAAAAAUCUCAGCAGGAAAUAUCCAGGAGAGAAUGUUCUUUCUAUUCGAUAAUCUACUGGUCUAUUGCAAGAGGAAAUCCAGAGUUGCUGGGAAAAAACCAUCCAAACGGACAAAAUCAAUCAAUGGAUCCCUCUAUAUCUUCAGGGGUCGAAUAAAUACAGAAGUCAUGGAGGUGGAGAAUGUGGAAGAUGGAACUGCAGAUUACCACAGCAACGGCUACACAGUGACAAAUGGCUGGAAGAUACACAACACAGCCAAAAACAAGUGGUUUGUCUGUAUGGCCAAGACUGCGGAGGACAAACAGAAAUGGCUGGAUGCUAUAAUCAAGGAAAGAGAGCAGAGAGAGAGUUUGAAACUGGGGAUGGAGAGGGAUGCAUACGUCAUGAUUGCAGAAAAAGGAGAGAAGCUGUACCAAAUGAUGAUGAGCAAGAAAGUGAACCUUAUCAAAGACAGGAGGAGAAAAUUAAGUACUGUUCCCAAGUGCUUUCUUGGCAAUGAGUUUGUAUCAUGGCUCACAGACAUUGGAGAGAUAAGCAAACCAGAGGAAGGGGUCAACCUGGGACAGGCGCUGUUGGAAAAUGGAAUUAUUCAUCAUGUUUCAGAUAAGCACCAGUUUAAGAAUGAGCAGGUGAUGUACAGAUUUCGCUAUGAUGAUGGAACAUAUAAGCCAAGAAGUGAGUUGGAAGACAUCAUGUCCAAGGGUGUUCGACUCUACUGCCGACUACACUGCCUGUACACUCCUGUGGUAAAAGACCGUGAUUAUCACCUAAAGACCUACAAAUCAGUAAUACCUGCAAGUAAGCUGGUGGACUGGCUUAUUGCACAGGGAGACUGUCAGACUCGUGAGGAAGCUGUUGCACUGGGUGUUGGACUCUGCAAUAAUGGUUUCAUGCAUCAUGUUCUGGAGAAAAGUGAAUUUAAGGAUGAAUCCUUGUAUUUCCGCUUUUAUGCUGAUGAAGAGAUGGAAGGCACCAGUUCCAAGAGCAAACAAUUACGUAAUGACUUCAAGCUUGUGGAAAACAUCCUGGGAAAGGGUCUUCUGAUUUUACCUGAGGAGGAUGACUAUGGAUUUGACAUAGAAGAGAAAAACAAAGCAGUUGUGGUGAAGUCAGUUCGAAGAGGGUCUUCUGCAGAGAUGGCUGGCCUGCAGGCAGGAAGGAAAAUCUAUUCCAUCAAUGAGGACUUAGUCUUCCUACGCCCGUUUACAGAAGUGGAAACCAUUUUAAGCCAGUCCUUCUGCUCACGAAGGCCACUUAGGCUUCUGGUAGCCAUCAAAUCAAAAGAGAUCAUUAAAAUCCCAGAUUGUCCUGAAGCACUUUGCUUUCAGAUACGGGGAGCAGCACCACCAUAUGUUCAUGCAGUAGGAAGAGGUUCUGAGGCUGCAGCUGUAGGCCUUCAUCCAGGACAAUGCAUUUUGAAAGUGAAUGGGAGUAAUGCAUCACAUGGAAAUUAUAUGGAUGUUCUGGAGCACUUUACAGCAUACAGGACCAAACAACAGGAAGUGCUGGGAUUGUACCAGUGGGUGUACAGAACACAUGAAGAUGCUGAGGAGGAUAGAGUUCAGCAAGCAGCAUCCAGUGCAUAUCUGAAUGGCAGUCAUCCAGGGUCCAACAAAGAAGACACUUCACUGACAGGAGAUGAAGAUUUGGAUCCACUUCAAAAUAUCCACCAGGAAUCAGCCCAGAUACAACAGACUGUCAGCUCUCCACUGAUAAGUGGUGAAGAAACACCUCUCAUUAGCCUGACUGUGGAUAACACUCACCUGGAGCAUGGGGUGGUAUAUGAAUAUGUCAGCAGUGCAGGAAUCAAAUCCUUUGUCCUAGAGAAAAUUGUGGAACCAAAAGGUUGCUUCUGUCUCACAGCAAAGAUUUUAGAGGCCUUUGCUGCAGAAGACAACCACUUUGUAAGGAAUUGCAAAAGGCUUAUAUCCCUAAGCAGUGCUGUGUCCACCAUGCCCCAGUAUGAGUUCCGGCAGAUCUGUGACACUAAGCUGGAAAGCAUUAGCAGGCGGCUUGCAAACUACCAAGAGUUUGCAGAUGGAUUAAAGACAAAGGUGAGCCCAGCCUUCAAACAAGCCAUCAUGGAACCACAUUCCCUCAACAGCAUGGAUUUCUGCCCCACCAACUGCCAUAUUAACCUCAUGGAGGUGUCAUACCCCAAAAACACUACCUCAGCAGGGAGGUCGUUCAGCAUUCGCAUUGGACGAAAACCUUCUAUUAUUGGUCUUGAUCCAGAACAAGCAGGUACCGUAAAUCCAGUCUCGUAUACUCAACAUUGCAUCACCACUAUGGCUGCACCAUCCUGGAGAUGUCUGACCCCAGAAGAUGGAGAUCUCGAUGGUAGUUUUGGCCAGCAGAAUGGAGGAAUAAGUCAGGAAGAAAGAGGACUCAGUUUUCUGCUCAAACAGGAAGAUCGAGAGAUACAGGACUCAUACUUGCAUCUUUUUAACAAACUUGACAUUGCAGUGAAGGAAAUGAAGCAAUACGUCGUUCAGAUAAAUAAACUUCUGUCCACCAUAACAGAACCUACAGAAGGUGGUGCCUGUGAGCCACCAUCCACUGAGGAGUCGUCUCCACCUUCUCUGGGAACAGAAGAGAGUGAUCCUGACAAAGCUGAGCAUGGUGGCAUCAAGAAGGUCUGUUUCAAGGUUUCUGAGGAGGACCAGGAAGACUCUGGACAUGACACAAUGAGCUUCAGAGACUCCUACAGUGAAUGUAACAGCAACCGGGAUUCAGUGUUGUCUUACACCAGUGUACGGAGUAAUAGCUCUUACUUGGGCAGUGAUGAGAUGGGAUCAGGAGAUGAGCUUCCCAGUGACAUGAGGAUUCCUUUAGAUAAACAAGACAAACUUCAUGGCUGUCUGGAGCAUCUUUUUAACCAGGUUGAUGCAAUUAAUGCACUUCUAAAAGGACCAGCAAUAACUAAAGCCUUUGAAGAAACCAAGCACUUUCCAAUGGACCACAGUUUGCAAGAAUUUAAACAGAAGGAAGAAACCACAGUGAGGUGCCGGAAUAAUAUUCAAGCCAGCAUUCAAGAAGAUCCAUGGAACCUUCCAUUGCGCAUCAAAAACCUCGUUGAAAUCAUACAAAAAUACGUGGAAGAUGGGAAGAAUCAACUGCUUUUGGCCUUGUUAAAAUGCACAGAUACUGAACUACAGCUGAGGCGAGAUUCCAUCUUCUGCCAAUCUCUUGUGGCUGCUAUUUGCACCUUUUCAGAGCAGUUACUGGCUGCUCUCAACUAUCGAUACAACAACAAUGGGGAAUAUGAAGAGAGCAGCAGAGACGCCAGUAGAAAAUGGCUGGAACAGAUAGCAGCCACUGGUGUUUUAUUAAACUACCAGUCCCUGCUCUCCCCUACUGUGAAGGAGGAGCGCACCAUGCUGGAAGACAUCCAGGUCACUCUGACAGAACUGGACAAAGUUGCCUUCUAUUUCAAGCAGCUGGAUGAAAGUCUUGUAGCAAAUACUCAUGUCUUCUACCACAUCGAAGGGAGCCGUCAGGCCUUGAAGGUUAUCUUUUAUCUUGACAGCUACUACUUCUCCAAACUGCCUUCUCGGUUUCAGAAUGGAGGAAGCUUGAAACUACACACGGUGCUAUUUACAAAAGCUCUAGAGAGUAUGGAGGGGCAAUCACAACCAGCUGGCUUAUCUCUAGAAGAACUUCCACAGCAAAUUAAUGGUCAAUCUCUAGAAAAAGUGCAGCAAUACUACCGUAAACUCAGGACAUUUUAUCUAGAGAGGUCAAACUUGCCCACUGAUUCUAAUACUACUGCAGUGAAGAUUGACCAGCUUAUUCGUCCCAUCAAUGCAAUGGAUGAGCUUUGCAGGCUGAUGAAGUCCUUCAUUAACACAAAACCCAACCAGUCAGGAUACUCUAGCAGUAACACAUCAGGAGCUGGCCUGCUACCUAUAUCUUCCGAGCUCUGUUACCGACUCGGAGCCUGCCAGAUUACCAUGUGUGGCACUGGGAUGCAGAGAAGUACAUUAAGUGUGUCCCUGGAGCAAGCAGCCAUACUGGCUCGAAGUCAUGGACUUUUGCCCAAGUGUAUCAUGCAAGCUACAGACAUCAUGCGAAAGCAAGGACCAAGAGUUGAAAUCUCUGCCAAGAAUCUGAAAGUGAUGGACCAAAUGCCGCAGAGUGCACCUCGACUCUACAGGCUGUGCCAGCCACCUACAGAUGGGGAUUUAUAAACGUGACAGAGGCACCCACAUUGUGGCACAAGUAAAACACGCACCAACAAGCAGCCCUGUCUGAGGACCCAUGCUAACCAACGCUGUGACACUGAAACAAGAGAGGAGGAGACUCUGCUUUUGCAGGAGAUGAACCUGUUGGCCCCAGGCAUCAGGAAUCUGCCUCUGAAGCUCUGCAGCACAUGCAGGGAUUCUUGUAUUUCUUUGACCUCUUGAAGAAAUUCUUGAAACAAACCCCACAGAACUAAGAUGGAUGUUACUGCCAUUGGUAGAUGCCUGGAACAGUGACAGUUAUGCAGCAAGAAAGUGCAGUUUUACUGAUAACAUUUGUGCUGCCACUUAAAAGCCGUGGACUUGAAGAUUUGGGUUGGUUGAGAAAACCCAGGAUGACACCUCUGUCUCUCCCUGCACUGUGUCUGGCAUCCAUUUAAUUGCCAGCAUAAUUUUGGUCAGUGGCCUUGAACAGUAGCUUCAUAAACACCACUUUGUAAUGUACUGACCUGCACUUUGGAUCAACAAAUAGCACAAUCAAUGGCUAAUUCAGAUGCAAGCAAAAAGAAUUUCUACUGGACUCAUUUUCCACUUCAGCCCAAUGAGAACCAAUCUCUCUAUGCUGCAGAGUAUACAUUCCAUAAUACUUCUUACCAUUACUUCAUUUACUUACUGUAGCCUUCAGUUUGGGAUUAACUCUUUUUACUAAUGCUCUGUUAUGUACUCUGGAAAUACAAUAAUAAUUCAGGGGAGAGAUUGGAGUGAAAGAUUUUAAAACAAACUUUACAAAGGAAAAAUACAGUCUUAGAAUCUGAUUAUUUGAACAGAUGUAGUUUUAAAAACCCGGUCAGAAGAACUAUACUUAUUUAUGUGGAGUGGAAUAUGUGUUUUGGAUCAUGUUAUUAUAUAUACAAGAUUUAAAUAAAAACUAUAUUGUUUAAAAUGGGACCAAUAUGCUGGCAAUUACACAGCUACUCCCAGUUUACUGAAAAGAAAUCUACAUUAUUUAAAAUCGUUCAAUAUUUAAGUAGUCUUUAAUACAGUUAUUAAGAUGUAUUAGGGAUGCUUUUAAGUUAAAAGAAAAAAAGGAAUCGUGUAUAUAAUGUACUUUAUUUUUUCUUGUUUGAAAAAUUGUUUCCCAUCCUGUCAGUAUUAUCCUAAACACAGUGAUUUUUUCCAAAUUACUGGCUGAAACUCAUGAAACACGGCAGCAUUCUCAGGACAGAAACAGUGAUAUUUUAGAGUGAGUGCCUUAAAACGACCGCCCAUCCGUAACAAAUCUGUAGCAGGUGUCAGUAGGACAGCGUGCAGGACAUUCACCAUUCCUUUGUUUCUCCACAGCCUCAUUUUAAAGAGUCAAUUGUUACAAAAUCCAGAAGCGCUUUGCAGUGAUGUAUAUUCUAGAAAAUAAAGGUUUGGGAUUUUUUAUUUGUGA